CCCGUAGCCGGCGGCAGAAGCAACCCCGGGCCUCCGACCCUGCCCCGCUUCGCCUCGUCCCGCCGGAGGCGGCAGGGCUCCCCCCGCCGCGGGGCCGGGGCCGGGCGCGGCGAAGCGGAGCCCGGCGGCCGCUAACCUGGCCCGGCGGGGAGCAGUGGGAGGAGGAGCCAGGGCGGCCUGUGCGACAAAGCCCAGUGCGCAGGGAGCUGGUGACCAGGAAGCAGAACAGCGUCGGGCUGCCGCGGGGCGGGCGGAGUCCAGUGGAGCCUGCUGCCCCACGCCGCCCCCCGCGGGGUGGGAGGCGGGAGGCCAGUCCUGCCGCCCCCCCCGGCUCGGGGGUCGGGGCGGCCGCGGAGCAGGAGGCGGCCGAGCUGCUGUUAAGCCGCUUAGGGCCGGGGCUGGCAUGAGCCUCCCCAGCGCGGCGGCUGCGGGCUGCGCGCUGCGGCGGGGAGGCUGAGGGCGCGGGGCCGCCGCCGCCGGCGGGGGCUGGCGGUCCGUCCCUGACGAGGAGGAGGAGGCGGUGGCGGCGGCGGAGGGGGAGCUCCGCUUCCCGGGGGGAAGAUGGGGAACUGCCUCAAGUCCCCCACCUCGGAUGACAUCUCGCUGCUCCACGAGUCCCAGUCGGACAGAGCCAGCUACGGGGACGGGGCUGAGCCGGAUCAGGAGCCGCCGCCGCCAUAUCAGGAGCAGGUCCCCGUUCCUGUUUAUCACCCGACUCCUAGCCAGACUCGGCUAGCAACACAGCUGACAGAAGAGGAACAAAUCAGAAUAGCGCAGAGGAUAGGCCUUAUUCAGCACCUACCUAAAGGAGUCUAUGAUCCUGGAAGAGACGGCUCCGAGAAGAAGAUCAGAGAAUGCGUCAUUUGUAUGAUGGACUUUGUUUAUGGGGACCCUAUCCGAUUUCUGCCGUGCAUGCACAUUUACCACCUGGACUGUAUAGAUGACUGGUUGAUGAGAUCCUUUACCUGUCCAUCCUGCAUGGAGCCAGUGGAUGCAGCACUGCUUUCAUCGUAUGAGACUAACUGAGCCAGGGUUUCUCCACUGAACCUUCAAGGAGACCAUCCACUUUAAUGGGUUUGAUCCUUUUGUCAUUCAGCCCAAAGAGCCAGGAAUUAGGAUUUAAGAUCAUGCACAAAGUAUACAUUUCCUAAUAAAUAAAUAAAAAAAUAUUCCUGAAUGGCUGCAAAUAUUUGAAAAAAACAUAGUAUUUUAGAGACUAUAGAAAAGUAGGUUGUUAUUUUUAAUGUAAAGCCUUGACCCACCAUUGUCUUUUAAUGUUUGUUCUUAUACCCAUAUAUAGGAAUUGUGUAAAGUGUUACAGCAACUGUAAAUGUUUAAACUGCGUGUAUCCAAUUUUAUUAGCAGCAAGAUAAGAUUAUUUUUUUCUUAAAUAAAGUAACCAGUUUUGUUCUGAUUCUUUUCACAAGUCCUGGCAUUUGGGUCAAGGCUUUAUUGAAAUCUCCAUUUUAUAACACUGGCACAAAGAAAUAGUUUUAAGCUUGUUUGCACAGUUCUUUCUUUUUUUUUUUUUUUUUUCCAUUGGAGAUGGAAUUCAUUGCCUUAGGUCUUUUUAAUAGUGUAUUGUUAUUGUUGGGCUGGCUCUAUGCUUGAAAACCAGUUUAUUUAUAACCUGUUAAAAGUGCUAUAUUUUGUUUGCAGUUAGGAAUAUGCAGACUUCAAAGUGAUCUCCUAGCUUGUAAGCAAACUGAGAUGCAUUAUCCCUUUUCUACAAGUGAUGCAGAAUAUGAAGAUAUGAAAUAAGUCCUACGGUGAAAUGGUUUAAUGAUUUUUAUAACUUGGUUUGUUUUGAUGAACAGCAGUCGUUAAACUCUAUAUGUCACCUUUAACUUGAUCAAGUAGGCCAGAUGGACAGUAAAUAGUUAAGCUACCAUGACUUAAAAAAAAAAAAGAAGAAAAAAAAAUUGGAACUGAUGUAGUGUUAGUGUUGAUCACUUGUUCUACUUUUUUUCCCUCCCUAAAAAUGGUUGUCUUGGAUCACAGCAAAUGGAUACUGCAUCUCUCAUUCUUGUAGUUCUUAGGUUACCAGAAGUUAAGAAUAAACAUACUGUAUCUCA